AUGACCUCUUAUGCCCCCACCACAGCGGGUUUGACGAAAGCAAACUCGCCUCACGAGUUACUGCCCGGAGAGGUGUACUUGGUCCGAUUCAAAAACAGCCUCAGAGAUUACGAAACAGACCUCUGGCUGGGAGUGAUUCUCACCGAAGAAGACGGACCAGGAAGAACCCUCCAAGGGCGUGCAAAGGGAGCAAAGCCCAUCGAAGGCAUAUGGACUACGUCACUGAGCGAACGAGUAUACCCAGUGUAUAUGCCUAGCCGAAACAGCUAUCGGUGGACUCCCGUUGGCGAUCUUUUUAACAUCGAAACGAAAGUCCCCGGAUUAUUUCGACAGAACAGUGAUCGCGACGAUGCGGCAUUAUUUCGAGACAUUCAGAGAAUUGCCUUGAAGAAGCCCGACUAUCUGUUCUGGAAGAAGAUGUCAGAGAAAGAAUAUUAUGUCAAAGGCAAGCGGAGCAGAGUGCUGGAGCUGGAGGUACCUGAAGGAUAUGAGGAUAUUCUUGAUGGUAUGAAUGGGCCAUUGGAAGAAGAUGAUUCGAUGAAUGGCCCAUCUGAGCUUGAUGCCGGACCGAUGAGUCCACCUCCCUCCAAAAUACAGGCAUCUACAUCAUCUGAAUCAUCUCGAGCAGGCUCUUCUCCAUAA